AUGGUGCUGGUGGCCGUAUCGUUUGUACUGACUGCGUUCUGGGUGAAUGUGAAAUUUGGCCUGAGCGGUCCUGCGUUGUUCCUGGUCAGCUCUUUCUUUGCAUGCCUUCUCGCACAAAACUAUGGUCCGUGGACGAACAAUACGGUGACCAUCGUGCUGACGCCCACAUUGUUUUUCUCUGUCCCGGGAGGGCUGCUGGCAAAGUACAACGGUGCGAUGGAUUUGGCGACUGGCGAUGUUCUCUUGAUCGAGCUGGACACGAUAUUGGUCAUUGUACAAGCCUCGGUCGGGGUGUGGGUUGGGUUGGGGCUGGCAUCGCUACUGGUGAACCCUUUUCCCAAGCCGAGAGUGUGUGUCUGUGGAAAGGAGUUGUGA